AUGGAACUCAAGGCGAGUGUACCUGGAUUCAUUCUCCUCUUUCGUAUGGGCGAUUUCUAUGAGCUGUUCUUUGAUGAUGCUGCCCGUGCGUCUGCUGCUCUGGACAUUGCUCUGACCACACGCGGCAGCCACAAUGGCGCCCCCAUUCCCAUGGCUGGCGGCUUUCUCGUCGCCGUCGCCGAUCAGGUUGAAGAGCCGGCUGCCGCGCGGUCGCGUGGUGCCAAGAUCGUUGACCGCGCCAUCACCAAGCGCAUCACCCCCGGUACUCUCAUUGACGACGCUCUGCUUGCGCCGCGCAUCGCAAACUACCUCAUGUCGAUCUCCGCGCCUGCUCCGCCGUCGCCGGCUGCUCCGCCGUCCAUGUGCAGCCUCGCCUGGAUCGACGUCUCCACCGGCGAGUGGUUCCUCGACCGGACGUCGCCGGACCUGCUUCCGGCCGACCUCGCGCGGCUGGCUCCGGCCGAGAUUGUGCUCGACCCACAGCUUCCUCACUUGCUUGACGUCCUCCGUCCAGCCCUUGAGCCGUACUACGUCAACACCCACCCGCCGGCGCCGCCGGCAGCCGCUGCUGCUGACUGCGCCUCGCUCGCUGCCGCCCGUGCCGCGCUCGACGCUGCACCGUUUGCACCACACCACACUGCUGCCGGAAAUCUUCUCCUCGACGUGGUGGCUGGCACCCAUCCAGGCGCAACGCCGCUGUUGCACCCGCCGCGACUUUGCGCCCGCGACUCUAUGCUUUCGAUGGACGCAGCGACCCGAGCCUCGCUCGAGCUCACCUCGUCCUCGGCCGCUGUGGCGCCACCGGAUGUGACUGAAGCCAGCGAGCCCGCGUCGGCUGUGCCGGUUCACGCUCUUGCGCGCAAGCCCGGGCCGACUCUCCUCUCGCUCAUUGAUAAGACGGUGACUGGCCCCGGCGGGCGGAUGCUUGGCUCAUGGCUCGCCUCCCCGCUUACCUCGCUGCCGGACAUUGCCGCCCGGCACGACGCGGUCGAGGCAUAUGUCACUGCGCCGGCCACUGUCAAGGAUGUUCGCCACAUCCUCCGCGGAACCGGCGACCUCUCGCGGUCACUGCAGCGGCUGUGCAUGGCCAAAGGCUCGCCGCGCGACCUCGGCGUCGUCUCGCGAUCGCUAGCCAAGGCUGCCGAGCUGGUGGCGCUCGACGCACCGAGCCCACCGGUGCCACCGUCAGUUGUGGCUGCAACGUCCGGGCUGGCAGCCACGCUCGGUUCUGCAUUGGCCGAUACGCUCCCGAUCUCGCUCGCUGAUCUGAGUGGGCUCUCAUCGGGCGCGGCGGUCGUUGCGGCGGGCUUCUCAGCCGAGCUCGACCGCAAGCGCGCUGCACGCGACGACGGCGCUGCGCUUGUUGCCGAGCUCGAGACCAAGUACCGCGACGCCACCGGGCUCGCUGCCCUCAAAAUCCGCCACAACUCGGUGCUUGGGUACUACAUCCAGGUCCCGGCCACCCGCAAAGAACGAAUGGACGAGUUUGCGCCCGACAUCUUCCACAUUCAGUCGAUGGCGGCCUCGCACCGCUACGCCUCGGCCGAGCUCAAGGACCUCGAGCGAGAGUUGGCAGCGGCGGCAUCGGACGCAGUCCUCCUGGAAACCAAGCUCUUCGACGAGCUUGUCCAGGCUGCGCUCGCUGCAGCGCCGGCUCUGUUCGAUCUCUCCGAGGCGCUGGCCGAGCUCGACGUCACAUCGGCACUCGCCAAGCUGGCAGCAGACCACGGGUUUGUGCGGCCAGACAUGACGCCCGACCCGCGGAUCCUCGACAUUGUCGGCGGCCGGCACCCACUUGUUGAGCUCUCCGGCAGCGGUCGCGGAACGUUUACACCAAACGACUGCGCCUUUGACGGGGCCACCUCGCUCCACCUCAUCACCGGGCCGAACAUGGGCGGCAAGUCGACGUUCCUGCGGCAGAACGCGCUCAUCGUCAUUUUGGCUCAGAUGGGCUCGUUCGUUCCGGCCGAGGCGGCGACCAUCGGUGUCGUCGACGCCGUCUACUCGCGGGUCGGCGCUGCUGACGACCUCGCUGGCGACCGGUCAACCUUUAUGGUCGAAAUGGUCGAGGCUGCAGCCAUUGUCAAGUCGGCCACCCCAGCGUCGCUGGUGCUGAUGGACGAGAUCGGGCGUGGGACGGCGACCUACGAUGGGCUCGCCCUCGCGUGGGCCAUUGUUGAGCACCUUGCCCUCGCGCCGCGCGCUCGCACCCUCUUUGCCACCCACUACCACGAGCUGACCAAGCUCGGCGAGGCGCUGCCCAACGUGAGCAACUAUGCCAUGGAUGUCCGCGAGCUCGCCAACAACUUACUCUUCCUCUACAAGGUGGUGCCGGGCGCAGCAUCCAAGUCGUACGGCCUGCACGUUGCCCGGCUUGCCGGCAUGCCCGAGCCUGUUCUCGACCGCGCGGCCGAGGUCCUGGACGCGCUGGAGCGCGCGGCCGACCCGCCGCCUCCGCAGAGCGCAGCGCAGUAA